UUCUGCAAACGAACCCUUAGCCGCAGAUUCCCCCUCUCUGCGUUUUCUCCUUGUCUGAAUCUAUAAGCGCUACUCUCUGGCUCCGCUCGUUUUUCUUCUGGCAACGUCAGCUCUCUGUCUCUCUUCUUCUGUCUCGUGCCUGCUCGAGGAAAUUUAUGAAAAACCAUCAACGAAUUAUUCUGAUGCUACUUUAGCUGAAGCCUUUUGUGGGAAUCUCCUGAAGUUUUCAAGACCCUAAUUGCAUGUAUGUUGAGACUGGUUCCGGUCUGCAAAGGUGGGCGCUUUACAGGAUUUUUGCAGCCUCUCGGAGCAUUUCUUAGAGAAUUUUCAGCACCUGCAAAUGCAUUGCAAGAUUGUUGGAAAGAUGGGAAUGAAAUUAAGUAUGGUAGAGAGAUUGAUGUUCACAUGCUUUUCAGAUGUUGCACUAAAUUGCAAUCAGCAAAAUGCCUUCACGCGCGUCUCAUUGUGUCCAACGCAAUCCAAAACGUAUGCAUCUCUGCUAAGCUUGUUAAUCUCUAUUGUUAUCUUGGGAAUGUUGUGUUGGCUAGGCAUGCUUUUGACCAUAUCCAGAACAGAGAUGUUUAUGCUUGGAAUGCGAUGAUCUCCGGUUAUGUCCGUCUGGGAAGUUCCUCAGAAGCUAUUAGGUGUUUUAGCCUCUUCAUGCAGACUUCUGGAUUACAACCUGAUUACCGCACUUUCCCUUCGGUCUUGAAAGCUUGUAGAAAUCUGCUUGAUGGGAUGAAGAUUCAUUGCACGGCUUUGAAGUUUGGUUUUUUGUGGGACGUCUUUGUUGCUGCGUCACUGAUCCAUUUGUAUUGCCGGUAUGGACCGGUGACGAAUGCACGCAGACUGUUUAAUGAAAUGCCCUUUCGAGACAUGGGUUCUUGGAAUGCAAUGAUUUCUGGGUAUUGUCAAAGUGGGAAUGCUAAAGAGGCGCUAACUCUAUCUAAAGACCUGAAAGUCAUGGAUGCAGUUACUAUUGUAAGCCUCCUUGCGGCUUGCACAGAGGCCGGUGAUUUCAGUAGAGGAGUUAUGAUUCAUUUAUACUCGAUUAAACAUGGGCUGGACUCUGAAUUGUUUGUUUCCAACAAGCUGAUUGAUUUGUAUGCUGAAUCUGGUGACCUUAGGGGUUGCCAAAAGGUUUUUGACAGGAUGAUUGUGAGGGAUUUGAUUUCUUGGAAUUCUAUGAUUAAGGCUUACGAGUUGAAUGAGCAGCCGCUUAGAGCGCUUUGGCUGUUUGAAGAGAUGAGGUUAAACAGAAUUCAACCAGAUUGCCUUACUUUGAUUAGUUUGGCUUCUAUACUUGCGCAGUUAGGGGACAUUCGAGCUAGUAGAUCUGUGCAGGGUUUCACUUUGAGGAAAGGAUGGUUCUUGGAAGAUAUUACCAUCGGAAACACAGUUGUGGAUAUGUAUGCAAAACUAGGCCUUGUAGAUUCAGCAAGAGCAGUGUUUAAUUGGCUCCCGAGUAAAGAUGUGAUCUCGUGGAAUACCAUAAUAUCUGGUUAUGCUCAAAACGGUUAUGCUAGUGAAGCGAUUGAAAUGUAUAACAAAAUGGAAGAAGAAGGUGGAGAGAUAACCGCUAACCAAGGGACUUGGGUGAGCGUUUUGCCCGCUUGUUCUCAGACUGGAGCAUUGCGUCAAGGUAUGAAAAUCCAUGGCCGUCUCUUGAAGAAUGGCCUUUAUUUUGAUGUUUUUAUUGGAACAAGCCUUGCUGAUAUGUAUGGAAAAUGUGGACGGCUAGACGAUGCACUCUCUUUGUUUUAUCAAAUUCCUAGAGUCAACUCGGUGCCAUGGAACACCUUAAUAGCUUGUCAUGGGCUCCACGGUCAUGGCAAGAAAGCAGUGAUGCUGUUUAGAGAGAUGCUUGAUGAAGGAGUGAAGCCAGAUCACAUUACAUUUGUGACUCUGUUAUCAGCUUGUAGCCAUUCUGGACUAGUAGACGAGGGUCAAUGGUGCUUUGAGAUGAUGCAAACGGAUUAUGGCAUAGCACCGAGCUUGAAACAUUACGGUUGUAUGGUAGAUUUGUUUGGUCGAGCUGGUCAGUUAGAAACCGCUUUUAACUUUAUAAAAAGCAUGCCGCUUCAGCCUGAUGCAUCUAUUUGGGGAGCUCUUCUCAGCGCUUGUAGAGUCCAUGGAAACGUUGAUUUGGGCAAGAUUGCAUCUGAACAUUUAUUCGAGGUUGAACCUGAGCAUGUUGGGUAUCAUGUUUUACUGUCAAACAUGUAUGCUAGUGCUGGAAAAUGGGAAGGAGUUGAUGAGAUACGGUCCAUUGCUCGAGGCAAAGGUUUGAGGAAGAUACCUGGUUGGAGCUCAAUGGAAGUAAACAACAAAGUCGAAGUCUUUUACACGGGAAACCAAACGCAUCCCAUGUAUGAAGAGAUCUACAGUGAACUAACGACGUUACACGCGAAAAUGAAGAUGAUUGGGUACGUACCGGACCAUAGAUUUGUGUUGCAGGACGUGGAAGACGAUGAGAAAGAGCACAUCCUUAUGAGUCAUAGUGAAAGAUUGGCUAUUGCGUAUGGACUUAUUGCCACUCCACCAAAGACAACGAUUCAGAUUUUUAAGAAUCUGAGGGUAUGCAGUGAUUGCCAUAGCGUUACCAAGCUCAUAUCGAGAAUCACUGAGAGAGAGAUCAUUGUGAGAGAUUCAAACCGGUUUCAUCAUUUCAAGGAUGGUGUCUGCUCUUGUGGUGAUUACUGGUGAUUCUAAACCGAAUAUGAUACAUUUGGUGGAGCUAGCUUGUCCUCAGAUUCUUUGUGCAAUAAAGAGUUGCAAAGAGCUGUUUUAACACAACAGAGCUCUUAUUUUAAAUUUUCGGUUUGGAAUCAGCAAGUAAUAAAAGUGUCAUCAUUUGA